AGCGCUACCUCCCCAGAGCGCCCGUUCCCUCCACCACUCGCCGCAGAUCUCCCGGUGCCACCCGUUCCAGGGAGGCUGCUUGGUUUGGGAAGAUACUCCCCAGGGGUCUCCCCUUCCCUUGGGGGCGCAGCUGAGGACUGCGAGGUGCGUCCGAGGGCCAGAAAGCUGAGAUCGAUUCUGAGUUCAAGGAUCAAGUCUGCCCUCAAACCAUUUUACAGAUCGGGAAAUCCGAGACCCAGAGAAGGGAUACUCCCGCCCAAGGGCCACCGAGCCGAGAGAAGCCCGGGCCAAGGCUUUCUUCGCGUAUGUGGGAAUGCAGGCGCGAGCCCCUGGGGGGCACAGUCCAAACGGCAGCUGAGGCCGAAGCCGGAGCACUAACUGUGCUGUCUAGGGGAUCGAGACGGCACUAGAGGGCUGGACUCCUUACUGCCUCAGUUUCCCCAGCACUACCUUUGUUGAGGAAACGGAGAUGGGGAUACUGGCCGAACGCGCGCCUGCUGAGACACAGUCCGACUGUAUUUAGACGCCCCGCACCUCCCCAAAUCUGAUCGAGGCUCCUUUUUUCAAGCACCCGCUAUCUCUCAGCCCUUUAAAAUCCGGCCCUGCCGUUCGAGUCUCUCGGCGUUCUAUUGGAAAGACUCGGGGCUCCAGCUCCCUUCUCUAGAAUGAACUGCUCUGACUGCCGCCCGGCUUUACCGGAGCUUUAACUGCGCAGGCGCAAGGGCAGCCAACCCGGUAAACGGAAGAGCUGGGUGCUGACGGCGCUGGGCGGGUCAGGGGCGGAGAGCGUGCUAACCAAUGACUUGAGGGAGUGGGGGGCCGGGUUUGGGCCCUCAGUUGCUAAGGGCUACCCGAGUGGGAAGCGGUUCAAGAGAUGGGGUGAAGGGUGGUUCACCGGUUCUUCAAGUCCUCAGCCUUCUGGCCCGCGGAAGUUAAGCAACCAAGAGGCGGGCCUAAGACCGGAAGCAGGAAGGAGGGCGCAGGAAGCAGGGCGCCGCAGCCUGUCGUACGGUCCUUCUGUGGGUCUGUCAGUGCCGAGGGCAGGAUGGAGAAGCUGCGGCUCCUGGGCCUCCGCUACCAGGAGUACGUGACUCGUCACCCGGCCGCCACGGCCCAGCUGGAGACAGCAGUGCGGGGCUUCAGUUACCUGCUGGCAGGUCGAUUCGCCGAUUCGCACGAGCUGUCAGAGCUGGUGUACUCUGCCUCUAACCUGCUUGUGCUGCUCAAUGACGGGAUCCUACGGAAGGAGCUUCGGAAAAAGUUGCCUGUGUCGCUGUCCCAGCAGAAGCUGCUGACAUGGCUGAGCGUGCUGGAGUGCGUGGAGGUGUUCAUGGAGAUGGGAGCUGCCAAGGUGUGGGGUGAAGUGGGCCGCUGGCUUGUCAUCGCCCUCAUCCAGCUGGCCAAGGCUGUACUGCGGAUGCUCCUGCUGCUCUGGUUCAAGGCUGGCCUCCAGACUUCACCCCCCAUCGUUCCACUGGACAGAGAGACCCAGGCACAGCCCCCGGAUGGUGACCACAGCCCUGGCGGCCAUGAGCAGUCCUACGUGGGGAAGCGGUCAAACCGGGUGGUGCGAACCCUCCAGAACACGCCGUCCCUGCACUCCAGGCACUGGGGAGCUCCCCAGCAGCGGGAGGGACGGCAGCAGCAGCAUCACGAGGAGCUGAGUGCGACCCCCACCCCCCUGGGGCUGCAGGAGACCAUCGCAGAGUUUUUGUACAUUGCCCGGCCGCUGCUGCACUUGCUUAGCCUGGGCCUGUGGGGUCAGAGGUCGUGGAAACCCUGGCUCUUGGCUGGUGUUGUGGACGUGACCAGCCUGAGCCUCCUGAGUGACAGAAAGGGCCUGACCCGGAGGGAGCGGCGGGAGCUGCGGCGCCGGACCAUCCUGCUGCUCUACUACCUGCUGCGCUCUCCUUUCUACGACCGCUUCUCCGAGGCCGCUCAUGGAUUACUUGCCCACCUGGCAGAAAAUCUACUUCUACAGUUGGGGCUGACAGACCUCCCGGAAGGAGGGUGUGGGGAGGGGUGGGGCAGGGAGCCCCUCUUCCCUAAUAAAACUGACUCCGGCAGCGUCCCAGCGUGCGGCCUCUCCGUGCCUACCGGCCAGGCCCCACACACAGCCCUGGUCACCACCAGCGUUCCUCCCAGGACCCCCUUGACUGCGCUCUUCUGUGACGAUGCCACUGCAGCCCGCACCUUGUCACUGCUGGGCCAAGAAGCCUUCACUAGGAGUGGGAUCCAGGCUCCUCUCCCACAGAAAGCGGUGACUUCACCUCAUGGAGCCCGGGAAGCUGCUCGCCUCGGCAGCCAUAGGAGCGAACACUGCUGCUCUCUCGCUCGCCCCUGGUGAGGACAGGAAGCCUGAACCCGGGUGAUGGCUGAACGCUGCCCAGCGUGUCUUCUGGCUGGGGCCCUCCGUCUGCCCCUUCUCCGCAGGGCCCUGUGGCUCUGGCAGCCCCAGGCCAUGGCGUUGCCAGCCUCCCUGUGACAGAGCCUGGUGAACAGUGAGCCUGGCUCCCACGCAAGUGGCACUUUAAGCCCUGCAUCCUCAGUUGAGAGUAAAAGGCUUUUCUCCCUUAGAAAAA